CGUUACUCCCAACACUGGUUGCCAGAUGUAACUAUCUAAUUUCAGCCCAAAAACAAUACAAAUCCCGCUGAAAACCACAUUUUCACUGACCGCCUAUAUAAUUUUUACCCGCAAAAUCGCCCAAUCUGGCAACACUAGAAUAGGCAUAGUGCAAAUGAGAUUCAGGAUUCAGCCACCAGGGGGCGCGCAAAAUGUUUGUGUGGCUUAAUUUUUCACAACAUGUGCUGCACACGAGCUCGAGAGUGUCACAUGACUGACAACAGUUUUACAGUUAAAGUACGCCCAUUUCUGAGUACAGAUAGUUUGUGUGAUUUCUCCUCUAGUCGUUUAUUUCUCCACUGGAGCUUCAUCACGGUGGCGAAACUUUUAACGGGUGUUUGAGGAGUCUCUGCUGCGGGAGCCGGACGCUUUAUUGAAACUAAGCAGCAAAUCUGUCAUAUUAAAAUGGCAAGUUUAUUAACUGGUGUUUAAACUCAAACGUUUUUAUAUGAUAUUUAUUUAAAAGUUAGUAUUUAUUUAUAACAUAGUUUGACAUGUUGUUCAGUGAGUUCCUCUAGAUUGACUGACAGGCUCCUCAACAUGACAUUUGGGAUUCAUUAUGAAUGAAUGGACACUCGUUUUAACGACAUAAACCGGGUGAAAAUGGGCGAUGAGUCGAAGUCAGUGGACGGAGAGGUGAAUGACAAUACAUAUUACUCAAAAACUGAUGCUGAGGUGAAUUUUGAACAUCGCUACACAACGCCAGAAACGCGUUUGUAUAAAAAGAGAUGGGUCAUAGUGUGUUUAUUCAGCUCAUAUUCGCUCUGCAACUCCUAUCAAUGGAUUCAGUACGGAAUCAUCAACAACAUCUUCAUGCGCUUCUACGGCGUGGACUCUUUCACCAUAGACUGGAUGUCCAUGAUUUACAUGUUGACAUACAUUCCGCUCAUUUUCCCCGUUUCGUGGCUACUGGAUAAAAAGGGUCUGAGGGUCAUCGCGCUCGUGGCCGCGGCUCUGAAUUGCGCGGGCACGUGGAUCAAGGUGGCCAGCGCCAGACCGGACCUUUUCCCGGUGACAUUUCUCGGUCAGUUCACGUGCUCCGUUGCUCAGGUGUUUAUAUUGGGGAUGCCCUCGCGGAUCGCAUCGGUGUGGUUCGGGUCGGAUGAGGUGUCCACAGCGUGCUCCAUUGGAGUCUUCGGAAAUCAGUUGGGCAUCGCCAUUGGCUUCCUCGUUCCACCCAUACUUGUUCCCAAUGUGGACGAUCUGGAUGAGCUGGCGGCUCAUAUCAGAGUCAUGUUCUACAUCACCGCAGGUGUGGCCACAUUCCUGUUCGUGCUGGUUGUCAUUGUGUUUCAGGAGCGUCCGGAGAUUCCUCCCACUCUCGCUCAGGCUGCUGCUCGACGCAUUUCUCCAGAGAGCUACUCGUACACGGCCUCCAUCCUCAGACUGCUACGCAACAAAGCCUUUAUCCUCCUCGUCAUCACUUACGGGCUGAAUGUUGGCUGUUUCUAUGCUGUCAGUACACUUCUCAACCGGAUGAUCAUUGAACACUAUCCUGGCGAGGAGGUGAAUGCCGGCAGGAUAGGCCUCACCAUCGUGAUCGCUGGCAUGGUGGGUUCCCUAAUCUGUGGCAUCUGGCUAGACCGAUCGAAAACCUACAAACAAACCACUCUAGCGGUGUAUCUGAUGUCCCUCGUGGGUUUGGUGAUUUAUGCUUUUACUCUGGAUUUGCAUCACCUGUGGGUGGUUUUCAUCACAGCAGGAGCCCUCGGGUUCUUCAUGACGGGUUAUCUUCCUCUCGGCUUUGAGUUUGCUGUUGAAUUGACGUACCCAGAGUCUGAAGGCACGUCUUCAGGGCUACUGAACUGCUCAGCACAGGUGUUUGGGAUCAUAUUUACAAUCUGUCAGGGGAAAAUCAUGGACUCCUUCGGUACACUGGCUGGAAAUCUGUUCCUGUGUGCCUUUUUGCUGAUAGGAACCAUUAUAACAGGCUGUAUAAAGUCAGAUCUGCGCAGACAGCUGGCAAACCAGCAAGCACAAACUGCUGCUGCUCUGGGCAGGUCAUACGUUCAGGAUCACAGCGGGACGACUCUCCUUCCCUCCACACACAUGUGAUCAAUCAAUCACUGCCUGCUUUUAUUGCUCACUGAGGUUCAGGACCAUUUGGACACAUCGCCAACACAAACAAGAUUUUGAAGCCAAACAAAAAGCAGUGAUCAUGGAACGGAUCAUGUAGCAUUACUUGUGACAUUUUCUUUUUUAGUUUGUAACCGGCCUUGAAUUUCAAUCGAUUUGGACAUUUUCUUUGUGCUAUAUAUGUGAUUGUUUUUGUUUUGUUUUGUACGUUUUUAACUGCCAUGGACUGAUUGAGUAUUUGUUUGUGUGAGCAUUUGUGUUUACUUGAUCAAUAAUCAUCUCAGAUUUUAGGAUAUAUUCUAAUUUUUAACUUUUAUAAAUUGGUGAUUUAAAUUAUUCAUCUUAACAUUUUUCUUCUCACAAUUUGUAUAGACGUUUAUAUAAAAGAUAAGAAAAUAAUAAGAUGAAGCCCUUAAGUAUGUGAGAUUCAUCAGUAUUAUGCAGUAGAUAUAUGAUAACAUUGUUUUGUUUGAUACAGCUGUGUUGUAGUUCAUUUAAAGUCAUGUUAGUCCAUCUAAACCAACUCCAAUCAAUAAAACUAAAACUCCACAUUUAUUAUUUAAAGCA